AUUUGUACGGCCCUUGCGCUAAUCCUCCUAGCACCAUCCAUGGCACAGGCAGUUGAACUAAGCAGACGAUACCUGGGAGUCCUUGUGAAUGCACAAACGUGCAUCACUAGUAAUACCUGACAACAAAAAGUGCAUUUUACUCCAUAUAUCUUGGUCAAUUUGCCUAGCAACUCGGAAUGCCACAUUCAGCGUUGUGUAUAGAUGACGAGACCUUAGCCACUGAGCUUUUCGUAUUACUGGGGCUGGUUUGGGGGAACUUCUCUUGGAGGCCAUAGGAGGUUUGUUUUCUAUCUGAUUUCACAGGAAUAGAUUCGAAUGCAAUCCCAAGCAUAGACUAUGAAAUAUUGUGCUGAGAAAAGGGUGGAUCUUCAGGCUUAGUGAAAGUUGUUCAGGUUUUCGUGUAGCUCUCAUAUGUUGUUGAACAAUCUCACCGAACGUCCAUGUAAAAACCCUGGUUUGCCGAAAAAUACACGCAAACCUGAAUGGGUUUGCGCCCUUAUCACGACUUAAGGCAAAAUUUAAGGCAUUUUUUUUUUGCUAAUACCACAAAUGUGGUGUACAAGUCUCCGUCUGCAUCAAUAUACACAAUCGCAUACAGAUAGAAGGACUUGAUUGGUCCGGGUGUGUUGAUACACCGCCUUUACGCGGUCAACUUUUUCUGCCGCAAAAUUUGGAAGAACUUCAUGAAGCAUUCAAAAUCAUCAACGAAUUUGAACAACUAACAAUGGCGCUCUCCCGCUCCCCGGAGCCGGUAUUGGACGAUUCCCACGAGUCCUCGGGCUCUUCAGACGUCGAGCAAACGGAAUUGCAGAACCGUGCCCCCAAAAGAAGACGUCUAUCGGAGUCUUCAGUGGAUUCCUAUGUUGCUCCGGCGCCGCUCCCCACCCUCUCUCGUAUCAAAAAGAAGGAAGCAAAGGAUGAUAAACCCGCCACAACAACGGACAAUGACAACCCUGUUUUGAUUCGCGAUGCUCUUGAGAUUGGGUUGCAGGAUGAGGAGUCAUCGUUCAAAGCACUCAAAGUGGCACCGUGGUUGGUCGGUUCCUUGACGACUAUGGCGGUUAGAAAGCCCACGGCCAUUCAAAAAGCUUGUAUACCUGAGAUUCUAAAAGGAAGAGACUGUAUUGGAGGAAGUCGGACAGGUUCAGGAAAAACGAUCGCCUUUGCGGUUCCUAUCUUGCAGAAAUGGGCGGAAGAUCCGUUUGGAAUCUUUGCAGUUGUGUUGACUCCCACAAGAGAACUUGCGUUGCAGAUCUACGAACAAAUCAAGGCGAUUUCGGCACCUCAGAGCAUGAAGCCGAUUCUGAUCACUGGAGGCACAGAUAUGCGAGCUCAAGCACUUGCUCUCUCUCAGCGGCCCCAUGUUGUGAUAGCGACUCCCGGUCGACUAGCGGACCACAUCAAUACGUCUGGUGAAGAUACAGUGCGCGGAUUGAAGCGUGUCCGCAUGGUCGUCCUUGAUGAAGCCGAUCGACUUCUGGCACCCGGACCAGGAAGCAUGCUUCCCGAUGUGGAAACGUGUCUAUCUACUCUCCCUCCGUCCAGUGAACGUCAGACGCUCCUGUUCACCGCGACACUGACUCCCGAAGUGCGCGCUCUCAAGUCCAUGCCUCGAUCGGAGAACAAACCUCCGGUCUUUGUCACUGAGAUAUCCACCGAGAAUCUGGGCACUAUACCUCCAACGCUCAAACAAACGUAUCUUAAGAUUCCCAUGACACACCGCGAGGCCUUUUUGCACGUGCUUCUAUCUACGGAGAGCAACGCCACAAAGCCCGCUAUAAUUUUCUGCAACCACACUAAGACCGCCGAUCUCCUGGAACGGAUGCUCCGCCGGCUGUCUCAUCGGGUCACCUCACUCCAUAGUCUCCUGCCCCAGUCCGAACGUAACUCUAACCUAGCGCGUUUCCGGGCCUCCGCUGCUCGGCUCCUUGUAGCGACCGAUGUCGCAUCCCGUGGUCUAGAUAUCCCCUCCGUUAGUCUGGUGAUCAAUUUUGACGUACCACGGAAUCCGGACGACUAUGUUCACCGUGUCGGUCGAACCGCCCGUGCGGGACGGUACGGUGAGGCGGUUACCCUCGUUGGGCAGCGUGAUGUGCAACUGGUUCUUGCAAUUGAGGAACGAGUGGGGCAACAGAUGCAGGAAUGGAGCGAGGAGGGAGUCAGUAUCGAAGGACGGGUGGUACGCGGCGGCGUGCUUAAGGAAGUUGGAGAAGCCAAACGAGAAGCCACGGGGGAGAUUGAGGAGGGCCGAGACGUGUUAGGACGCAAGCGGAACAAGUUGAAAAAGGUCCGGUAGGCUUUUACAUAUAUAGGACGUGGAUUGUUUGUAAAUGUAUAAUGAGGUCUCUUGUAUCACGAAAUGAUUGUUCUUCAGCGACGUUUGAUUAGUUGAAUUGACUUAGGCCCUGCCC